CAUGCCCCUCUGUCUGUGUGUGAGUGCAGGCAGGCUGACAAUGAUUUCCUCAGUGAUUACGUACAGAGCGAGUCCCUGCGGGUUAGGGGCCCCCUCUGGAGCCAUCCUGAUGGCUUUAGGGGCCUUGCUUCUAUUUUCCAUUAUUAUGUGGACUACCGGAGCGACAGCGCAGUCCAAGACCUUGCAGAUCCCAACUGCAAGCUAGAAGACAAAUGUGAGGAUGGUGAAGCGACAGACUGCAAAACAAGACAGGAAGAGUGUGAGGAGCUAGAGGAAGACGUUGUUCACAGCUGUGACAGCUGCCUUCAGGUGUUUGAGUCGCUGAGUGAUAUCACAGAACACAAGAUCAGCCAGUGUCAGCUGACAGAUGGAGCAGAUGUAGAAGAUGAUCCAAGUUGCUCGUGGCCAGCCUCAUCACCUUCUAGUAAAGACCAGACUUCUCCAAGUCAUGGGGAAGGUUGUGACUUUGGAGAAGAAGAAGGUAUCCCAGGAUUGCCAUACCCCUGCCAGUUUUGUGAUAAAUCUUUCAGUCGCCUCAGCUAUUUAAAGCAUCACGAACAAAGUCACAGUGAUAAACUCCCUUUUAAGUGCACCUAUUGUAGUAGACUGUUUAAACAUAAACGAAGUAGAGAUCGCCAUAUCAAACUUCAUACUGGAGAUAAAAAAUACCACUGUAGUGAGUGUGAUGCAGCAUUCUCCAGAAGUGAUCACCUUAAAAUCCACUUAAAGACUCAUACGUCGAACAAGCCAUAUAAAUGUGCCAUUUGUAGACGAGGGUUCCUAUCUUCUAGUUCCUUACAUGGACACAUGCAAGUUCAUGAGAGAAAUAAAGACUGUUCUCAGUCAGGGUCUAGAAUGGAGGAGUGGAAAAUGAAAGACACACAGAAGUGCAGUCAGUGUGAAGAAGGGUUUGAUUUUCCAGAGGAUCUCCAGAAACACAUAGCUGAAUGUCAUCCUGAAUGUUCUCCAACCGAUGACAGAGCUGCUCUCCAAUGUAUGUAUUGCCAUGAACUCUUUGUUGAAGAAACAUCCUUGUUAAAUCACAUAGAGCAAAUUCACAGCAAUGAGAAGAAGAAUUCAUGUAACAUUUGUUCUGAGAAUUUCCACAGCAUUGAAGAGCUGUACAGCCACAUGGACAGUCAUCAACACCCAGAAUCAUGCAAUCCCAGCAACAGUCCUUCUUUAGUUACCGUUGGCUACACAUCAGUAUCCAGCACAACACCAGAUUCCAAUCUGUCUGUAGACAGUUCAACCAUGGUAGACGUUGCUCCCCCACUACCUAAAAGUCGUGGAAGGAAAAGGGCAGCUCCACAAACAAGUGAUAUCUCUGCCCCAUCCAGUAAGCAAGCAAAAGUUACAUACAGCUGCAUCUAUUGCAGCAAGCAACUGUUUUCAAGCUUGGCUGUUCUACAGAUCCAUUUAAAAACUAUGCAUUUAGAUAAACCGGAGCAGGCUCAUAUCUGUCAGUACUGUUUAGAAGUCUUGCCAUCGCUCUACAACCUAAACGAACAUCUGAAACAGGUACAUGAAGCUCAGGAUCCAGCACUAAUAGUUUCUACAAUGCCUGCCAUGGUCUAUCAGUGUAAUUUCUGCUCUGAAAUAUUCAAUGACCUUAAUAUGCUUCAGGAACACAUUAGAAGUUCACAUGGAUUUGCCAAUCCUGUUGCAAAAGACAGUAAUGCAUUCUUUUGCCCCCACUGCUACAUGGGUUUCCUUACUGACUCCUCUUUAGACGAGCACAUUCGGCAAGUUCAUUGUGAUCUCAGCAGUUCUCGUUUUGGCUCCCCAGUAUUAGGAACUCCAAAGGACCCGGUAGUUGAGGUUUAUUCUUGUUCAUACUGCACCAAUUCUCCAAUAUUUAAUAGUGUCCUUAAAUUAAACAAGCAUAUCAAAGAAAAUCAUAAGAAUAUUCCUCUGGCGUUGAACUACAUCCAUAAUGGGAAGAAAUCUAGAGCUCUGAGUCCCUUAUCUCCCAUUGCUUUGGAACAAUCCUCUUUAAAAAUGAUGCAGUCUAUAGGUGGAACUCCUACAAGACCUGCAGGCGAGUACAUCUGUAACCAGUGUGGUGCCAAAUAUACCUCCCUAGAUGGUUUUCAGACUCACUUAAAAACUCAUCUUGAUACAGUUCUGCCAAAAUUGACAUGCCCUCAGUGCAACAAAGAAUUUCCAAACCAAGAAUCUCUUUUGAAGCAUGUUACUAUUCACUUCAUGAUAACCUCGACGUAUUACAUUUGUGAAAGUUGCGACAAGCAAUUUACUUCUGUGGAUGACUUGCAGAAGCAUUUGCUGGACAUGCACACAUUUGUUUUCUUUCGUUGCACUUUAUGUCAGGAAGUAUUUGACUCCAAAGUCUCCAUUCAGCUUCACUUGGCUGUGAAACACAGCAAUGAAAAAAAAGUGUACCGUUGUACUUCUUGUAACUGGGACUUCCGCUCAGAGACUGACUUGCAGCUCCACGUGAAGCACAAUCACUUGGAGAACCAGGGAAAAAUACACAAGUGCAUUUUUUGUGGUGAAUCAUUUGGCACAGAGGUAGAACUACAAUGCCAUAUAACUACCCACAGCAAAAAAUACAACUGCAAAUUUUGCAGCAAAGCAUUCCAUGCUAUAAUUUUGUUGGAAAAACACUUAAGGGAAAAACACUGUGUAUUUGAAGCUAAAACACAAAACUGUGGAACUAAUGGAGCAUCUGAACAAGUUCAGAAGGAGGAAGUGGAGCUACAGACCUUGUUAACAAACAAUCAAGAGUCUCAUAAUAGUCAUGAUGGCAGCGAAGAAGAUAUUGAUACCUCUGAACCAAUGUACGGCUGUGAUAUUUGUGGAGCUGCCUACACCAUGGAUUCUCUUCUACAGAAUCACCAGCUAAGAGACCACAAUAUCAGACCAGGGGAGAGUGCUAUAGUUAAGAAGAAAGCUGAACUGAUUAAAGGAAAUUAUAAAUGCAACGUGUGCUCUCGUACAUUCUUUUCUGAAAGUGGUUUGAGAGAGCACAUGCAAACACAUUUGGGGCCUGUAAAGCAUUAUAUGUGUCCUAUCUGUGGAGAACGUUUCCCAUCUCUGCUAACUCUUACAGAACAUAAAGUCACACACAGCAAGAGCCUGGACACUGGGAACUGCAGAAUCUGCAAGCUUCCUUUACAUAGUGAGGAAGAUUUCCUAGAACACUGUCAGUUGCACCCUGAUCUGCGGAAUUCAUUGACUGGGUUCCGCUGUGUGGUGUGCAUGCAGACUGUGACCUCAACUCUGGAGCUCAAGAUUCAUGGCACAUUUCAUAUGCAGAAGACUGGAAAUGGUUCUUCAGUUCAAACUUCAGUUCGUGCACAAAACCUACAGAAGCUGUUCAAAUGUGCUUCUUGUCUGAAAGAAUUUCGCUCCAAACAGGAUCUAGUGAAGUUGGAUAUCAAUGGUUUGCCCUAUGGUCUAUGUGCUAGCUGUGUUAAUCUCAGCAAAAGUGUCAGCCCAAAUACCAAUGUGGCUUUAAGCAGCAACAGGCCAAUUCUAAGCCAAAAUGAAAAUAUUCCUUGUGCGGAAGGUAAAAAUAAAGCCUCUAUGCUGAAGACUCGUUGCUCAAGUUGCAAUGUUAAGUUUGAAUCUGAAACUGAACUUCAAAAUCACAUUCAGACAGUUCAUAGGGAUCUUGCAUCAGAUGGCAGCACAACACAGCUCAAAACACCACAAGUAUCUCCAAUGCCCAGGAUUAGUCCGUCACAGUCCGAUGAGAAGAAAACCUACCAGUGUAUUAAGUGUCAGAUGGUUUUCUACAAUGAAUGGGAUAUACAAGUCCAUGUUGCAAACCACAUGAUUGGACUCAGGAGAGAGGAUGUCUUUCCAGAAAGGAGGUGGGAUGCCAUAAAUGCCACCAACAUUAUGAGUUACAAGGCAGAUGAAGGUCUAAACCAUGAGUGCAAAUUGUGCAGCCAAUCGUUUGACUCUCCAGCCAAACUACAAUGCCACCUGAUUGAGCACAGCUUUGAAGGAAUGGGUGGUACAUUUAAGUGCCCGGUCUGCUUUACAGUAUUUGUUCAGGCAAACAAGCUGCAGCAGCAUAUUUUUUCAGCUCAUGGCCAAGAAGACAAGAUAUAUGAUUGCACACAAUGUCCACAGAAGUUCUUCUUUCAGACAGAACUGCAGAACCACACAAUGACUCAGCAUAGCAGUUAGUGCAAAAUUCAAUGCUUCUGAAGAUCGACUGGAGACGAAGAAAAGGGAACAUGUUUUAAUCUUUGCACGAAACGUUGAUUGUUGACAUGUAUAUUAAUCAAAAAAACAUUGUAUUUUACCAUAAAACUAGUAUUAUUGGAACUGUUGGAUGUUCAUGUGUGUGGACUUUUGAGCACCGGAUAAACUUCUUGUAUAUACAGUGUUGCACAUGUAUUAUGUUGUUCAAUACUAAAACGUCUUAUAAACAAAUCCGACUCGGACCCUAUUCAAAGAAAAGACUAUGAUAAGCCGUGAAUAUGUAUUUCUGGAGAAAGCGCAAGAAAACAAAACUGUCGCCUUCAUUACAGCUGUGUUUCGCCAUCUUUUCUGAUAGAUCUUGGUCUUCAAUCCCAUUUUUAUUAUAAAGCAGCUGAAUCGAAGACUUUUUUCUUAAAAUAUAUAUAUAUAUAUACAUAUAUACAUAUAUACUGCAGGAGAAGAUUCUUGCACAGAAAAAAAGCCUUCAUUAAUUAAAGUAUCUUGAAUGAGGCCUAUAUAAAUAUAUACGUAUAUAUUUAUAAGCCUUGUGGUAUGGCAGCAUUACCAUAUAUGCAAUAGUUAUGUAGAUUGUCCAAGAAACCUUUCUUCUGGAACCCGUUUUAAAGCAUUGUGUGUCAAACCCCUUUCCUUAAUGAUUUCACACAGCCAAAAUUCUUCAAUCCAUUAAACUAACCUGUACGUUACUGUUAUUAAUGUUUACUCUACAGUCUGAACCUGGAGAUUACUGGAAUUGUUUUUCCAAGGCGAAAUAAAUUAAAUUUACCAUUA